AUGCCUGAGCUUCCGGAGGUGGAGGACGCUCGCCUGGAUCUGCAGGAGCACCUGCAGGGCAAGCGGAUCAUAACAUGCGUCGCCGCCGACGAUGCGAAGGUGCUGGAGGGCUGCACCCAUGAGGAAAUGAAAGCGGCUUUAGAAGGACGAACUGUGGAGCAGGUCGGGCGCAAGGGCAAGAACCUGUGGGUCCAGCUGUCAGGGCCGGGCCCGGCGCUGCUGAUACACCUGGGGAUGGAUGGAGAGCUGCUGGUCAAGGGUCCUGAUGGGUCCAUGCUGCGCGACUUCAAGGGGCGUGAGCCUGGGGCGCGCUACGGCAGCCGGCAGCCGCGGGCGGCUGCGACGCGCCUGCUGGAGCUCAAGUUUGAGGAUGGCAGCGGGCUCGCCUUUGAUGAGUGGCGCAGGGCACCUGAUGACUCAUGCGAGGUGCCUUAUGGCGACGCCUCGAUCCUGGAAGCACAGCCUCCCACCACGCGCCUCCUAGUCCAAUCCGGGCUGCCCGGGUCCCCAUCUGACGCCCCGGCCAAUUCGUUUGGGCGGCUGCGGCUGGUCCAGGGCGACCCCGCCAAGUGUGACGCCUUUGCCAAGCUGGGGUUUGACCCGUUGACCGAGAUGCCGUCUCUUGAGGACUUCGAGGCGCGCCUCAUGAAGCGCAAGCGCUCGGCGCUCAAGGCAGUGCUGCUCGACCAGGCGUUCGCGGCGGGCGUGGGCAACUGGGUGGCCGAUGAGAUACUGUACUGCGCGCGGCUGCACCCCGAGCAGCCGGUGGCGGAUCUGGGCCGGGAGCACGUUGCUGCGCUGCACGAGGCCGUGCGCAGCGUGGUCGCGACGGCGGUUGCCGUGCGCGCGGACGCGGCGCGGUACCCGCCGGGCUGGAUAUUCCACAGCAGGUGGACCAGCAGGAAGGAUGGAGUCGUGGAUGGACGCAUCAUGAAGACAGCCGGUGGCCGCACCAGCGCGUACGUUCCAGAGCUCCAAAAGCUGGUGGGAGGCGCCGGGAAGGGCGGCACCGGCGAGGCCGAGGGCGACGGCGGCGGCAAGAAGCCGGCGUCGGCGGGCAAGAAGGCGGCGGCGCCGCGCGGCGGGCGGGGCAAGGCGGCGGCAGGGCGGGGGACCGGGAAGCGGAGGCGCAAGGCGGACACCGAAUCCGAGGAGGAGAGUGCAGAGAGCGAAGAGGAGAGCGAAGAUGAGAGCGAGGAAAAGAGUGAGGAGGAGAGCGAGGAGAGCGAGGAGAGCGAGGAGGAGGCUGCUGCGCCGCCGCCGCGGCAGCAGCAGCAGCAGCGACGGCGGCAGGUGCAGGAGCAGGAGAGGGAGCAGGAUGGGGGCGCCGGCUCGCCGACAGAGUCGGUGAGCUCUGCGGAGGGCCCCCUGUCGGGUGCGGCCAAGAGCAAGGGCCGCGGCCGCGCAAGGGGCCCCGCUGCGGCAGCAGGCCGCGGCAGGGGCCGUGGCAGAGCGGCGGCGGCAGCAGCGGCGGCGACGACGGAGGCGGCGACGCGGGGGGGCGCUGGGGGCGGGAAAGCUGGCGGAGGCGGGCGCAAGAGGAAGGGCGGCGAGGGUGCGGCAGACGGCGAUCAGGCAGACGGCGGCGACACCAAGGCGGAGCCUGCCGCUCGCGGCGGCAGGCGCGGCCGCGCGGCUGGGAGCGGCGGCGCCAAGCGGGGAAAGGCAUGA